AUGGCGGCAAAAAGCAGACGGAUUUAUAGGUCAUCAAGCGGUGGAGAUUUUCUCAACACCUCCGUACGGCCGAUCGAGUCUCCGGUUCCGGUAGCUAUGUGGCCGGCGAAGAGGCGACCCAUUGAUUCUGAAUUAGAUGCAAAAAAAGGCAGUUCCACAACAGGAAAAGGCAUGAAUAUUGAGAAGUUGAGUGUGUCAGUUACUGUGGCAAAACAACCUCCGCGAAAGAGUAUUUUUACUUUGGAGUCGUCACCUGUCGUGAAGGAGAAGAACAACGAUGAAGAUGAUGACGAUGAUGUCGAGAAAGGGCAUCAACAACAUGGGGCAUUCUUUGAGGUCUGUGCCUUGUGCAAGAAAAAAACUGAAGAGGACGUGUACAUGUACGAAAUCAAUCAAAAGAAGGCACACCAUGAGAAUCUAGGAAGCACCGAUAAGAAUAUGGAUACAGGGAUACAAAGUUUGAAAUUGAUUGUGCCUCUUCUUUUGUUUUUUCGAGCUAGGUUUUAG